CGUCGAAGCUCUCCAUCCGCGCGAGCGCAACUUACAUUCUACAGCUCGUUGACUGCCAUUGAUAUCUUGCAACGCGGCGAACUGCGACGAAGAAGGGAACAAGGUGAUCGAUAGUCAGUGCGCGAAGAAGAUCGCUCAGGAUGGAGCAGAACCCACCCUCCUCCCACGGGCAGGGACGCACCCAGCCGGCGUAUGAUACCUCUCAUGGCGGACACUAUGGUGCCAGUGCUGCACUUGCAGCUCAAGGGUUUGCGCCUGUCGCAGAGUUCUACACUGGUGCUUGGGCAAAGGUCAAUCAAGGUCUUCAUGGCACCUACAAAGACAUCCUCACAACCUACUGGCAGCAUGUCAUCAGCCAUCUCGAGUCCGAAACCCACGAUUAUAAGCUACAUCAACUACCUCUUGCACGUAUCAAGAAAGUCAUGAAGGCGGAUCCUGAGGUCAAGAUGAUUUCGGCCGAAGCACCGAUCUUAUUUGCCAAGGGCUGUGAUAUCUUCAUUACAGAGCUUACCAUGCGCGCUUGGAUCCAUGCUGAAGAGAACAAACGCCGUACACUCCAACGCUCAGAUAUCGCUUCUGCUUUGGCUAAGUCGGAUAUGUUCGAUUUCCUCAUCGACAUUGUACCCCGCGAAGAAGCCGCCUCCCAUGCCAAGAGAGCUACCGGCGGCGCACAAGCAUCUGCAGGUGUCCCACCUGGCGGUGCCCAACUUCCACCUCAAAGUAUUCCCCAAGCUGGCCAUCCUGGCGGGCAUAAUAUGCCACCACCAGAUCCAUCCUACCUCGGUCAGCAUAUGGCGCAAGAGACCGAUUACCGCCAAGGUCCUAUGUACACUACCCAAGUUCAAGCUGGUCCAGCAGCUGGAUAUGGUGCUCCUCCCCAGGACAUGUAUGGCCAAAUGGAAGGUAUCUAUGGUGGUUAUCCUCCUAUGCAGGCGCAGCAGGUAUGUCCGGAACCUCCGUCUGUCUCUGCUCAAAAUUAACGUGUUCCAGCAAAUGUACCAUGUCGCACAACAACGACCACAAGAUCCUUCUGUCGGCCAAGAUGCUGGACACAGCUAUCCACGCCAUGAUGGCGGAGAAGGUGACGCUGAUGCUGAGGGCGAGAGAGAUUAUGAGGUUGGCUAAGAGUAGUGGCGAGGUAGAGACUGGGUUUCGUAGGAUUUGGGAAUGGAGUUCGGAGGCAAUUAGUACCCCCUCGAAUGGCCAUUUU